UGUACUUUUUUUCAAGCAAGAUGAAGACGAAGAAGAGUGGGUCAAAGAGGUCUGCAUCCAAGAAGAAGUCUAAAGAAAUAGCCCCCAAAAUUUUGCAGAAGUGUAUAAUUUGUGAGUAUACUACCCUUGAGAAGUAUCGAAUGAAGCGUCACAUGCGCACUCACACUGGUGAGAAGCCCUUCAUGUGUGGCGUGUGUGAUCAGAGCUUCUCCCAGAAGAGUAGCCUGAAGGAGCACCUGUGGAAACACACCGCCCUGAGAUCGUCCCACAAGUGUCCUCACUGUAACGCCAUCUUCAACCUUCCUGCAGAUGUUAAGGCACACAUCAAUCACAUGCACAGCGAGUGUGAACCAAUAACCUGUACACUGUGUCAGGGAGUCUUCAACGACCGCUACAGCCUACUGCAACACCAGAAGACCCAUGAGAACAUGUACAGGUACCAGUGUCUAGAAUGUAUCUUCGCAUCCAAGGACAAGAUGAAGCUCAUCUACCACAUGAGCAUCCACAAGAAGAGGAAGCCACUGGUCUGCGCUGCUUGCAAGGAGACCUUUAUGCAUAAGCACAACCUACUGAAUCACCUCUUCCGAAUGCACGACAUCUCCACGUUUGGUGACGGUUACACGAUGCCUUCUUCAGCCUCGAAGAAAGAAACGGCCGAUAAUGAGGAGCCUUCUCCUGCUCAGAAGACCAUAAAUCAACUGCAACUGGAGGAGCAGUUCCAAAUCGUUGACGAAGAGGGAAACACCUUGCAGCUCUCUGAAGCUGACGCUGAGGCCAUCCACGCCGCUAUGCAGCAGAGCUCCGAAGACGGCUCCUUAGAGAUCAUGCAAGGAGAGGAAGGCACCAUGACCGUCACUGUCCUCACUGUUGCCCACAAUGUCGACGGCUCCAUUCAAAAUGUCGAACAGAAUAUGGAGCUUUCUGCAGUUGACGAAGAGGUUGCUGAGGAAAGCUUUGAGCAGAGAGAGAAUUCUGAGAACACUAACAUGGUGGUUGCAACAGAAGUAUCAGCAACUGACCAGGUCUAUGAGAUGGUACAGGUAGCGGAAGCUCAACAAGGGGAGGACAGUACCUAUGUAGCUGAUGAAUGUGUCGUAGUUCCCUCAACAGAGAUGCCAGACCAAGUAAUCCCAGAUGGGAAUACUUCUUGAGCUCUCUGUACAGGGCACAAUUUCAUAGAGCAACUUAAAGGGACAUGUUGCCUUGGAUCGGGCGAGUUGGUCCGUGAAAAGCGUCUGAAACUGUUUCUUAGGAAAUGCAUAUGGUUGGGAAGAUGUUUUAAAAAUUGCAUGGUUUUCCUUUUAUUUUGCGAACUAACAC